AUCACACACAUAGAAAUAUUCUUAUAACUUCAUAUAAAAGUAUUUUACAUACAAUAAUCAUUCAUAGAUUAAACUUAAUUUUAUUUGAUUGGCACAAUUAUUGCUAGGAACCUUCUGAACAUUUUGUUUCUAGGCAAUGGCGUAAAAUUAUUAAAUGUAUUGUAAAUGUUCGUAUUUUAUGUUUAUCAUUUGUUGAAAUAUCCAAAUUAAAAAUAUUUUUUGUAAUAAAUAACAAUUAUUAUAUAUUAUGGGAGCAAUAUUUUUUUUAAAUUUACUAAUAGAAGUAUACGGAAAAUCAUCUUCCGUUUGCACAAAUAUUGUCAAUUAUUGGUUAAGAUUAAAAAUUAACAGUCAUUCUGUACAAUUACGAUAGCGAUCAACAAAAAUGAAACUGAAUGAGCUCGUUUAUUGGUAUCAAAAAAAAAUUGGUACCUAUGAUAAGCAACAAUGGGAAAAAACUGUGGAACAACAUAUUCUUGGAGGAUUUACACAUGUACCAAUGAGAACUGCAAAAUUAAAAACAGAACUUAUUGAUGUAGAUCUCGUACGAGGUUCUUCUUUCCCAAAAGCUAAACCAAAACAUGGAUUGUCAACAGUGGCUUGCUUAGCACUUCAGCGUUUAUUAUUUCUUCCUUUAUAUAGGAAAUGGUGGAUACAACAGACUAGUUUAAAAAUCUUUACUUUAUUUUUAUUAUUAUAUAGUUUGCAAUUAAUCAAUAUGUGUAUAUAUUUUUGUCAAAUGGUGAAGGACAAUGAAAGUGAUAUUAUAUCAACAUCAGAAGUAUUAAUACCUCUUAUUAUGAUGUUGACCUUAUGCAUUGUUCAUUCUCAUAUUGUAUCAACUCAUUCAGGACCAAUGAUAGGUGAUGGACAAAGUAAACAAAAAAUAGUAAGACGUUUACGACAUACUAGAUGUCGAAUAGGUAAAUCAAGGACAAGACAAAACUUACGUUUACAUGAGGAUUCUAAAUCAUCUCAAGAUACAGCAUCUGAAAAAGCUAGUACAGUAAGUGAUGAAGUAUUAACAUCUGUACGAUUUGCUAAAAAAGUUGUAAUUGAAAAUUCUUUGACUGUCAACCGAUCACAGGAAUUUGUGACUGUUCAAACAUUUUGUGAUAAUGACCCAAUAAAUGUGACUGUAAACAAUCCUUUAUCUAUGAAUGAGGCUUCAACUAGUCAUACUCAAUCAAAUGAAGUUCCAGAUCAAAGUAUGAAACAUGUACAUCAAGAUGAUGAUGGAUUUGAAAGUUUAAAUGGAAAUGUAUCUAGUGAUAAUGAUAAAAGUACUACACAAACAACAGUAGAGAAGCUUAAACAGAAAAGGGAUUUACUUAAAAAUAACGAAGAACGCAUUCUUUGGUUAGAAGAUUCUACAAGUCAACAAGUUUUGCAACCAAAAUUUUCAGCAUCUGAAUUGUUAAAAGCACGAGACAAUUCUUCAAAUAGCGAACCAGAAACUUCUAAUAAGAUGGAUAAAGAUCACUGUCUAAUGGGAAUAGGAUCAAGAGAAGGACACCAACAAUGUGAAAGUGAAGAAGAAGGAGAAUGUGAAGAAACAGUUACAAAUCAUUUAACAGAAGCUACAACAUCUGCAACAGAAUGGAUGGGAGUGACUACAAAUAGUGAUGAAUGUAGUUACAGUUCAGAACUUGAAGAAUCUGAUCUACAUAGUGAAACUAAUAAAAAUUAUGGAGAAUUUGUUGAACAUCCUUUUUCUUGGGAAUUUGAAUUACCACCUUCAAUGAUGCUUAGUUCUAACUGUGCUUCAUAUGAUCGUGUCUCAUGUACUAUAUGGACACGACGUGAUAUAAAAAAGGCUGAACUAUCGGUGCUGGAUAUCAGUUCGGCUAUUAUUGCUAGGGUAGAAUCAAUGCCUGAAAGUAUGAAUUACUUUUAUGGAGGCCUAAUGCUUAGUGUGGUAUUAUCUUUAAUACCAUCUAUCAAACGAUUGAGUGAUCAUGUUGGGAUGGACAAUAGUAGCAAUGUAACUAGUUCCUUAAUACCAAAUGACUUAACUUAUGUCAAUUUGGAAACAUAUAGCGAUAUUUUAUCUAAAGUUAUAGAUUUGGCAUUUGGAACAACUCUUUGGGAACGUACUGUAGUACUUAUAUCAGCCUUUGAAAGACUUAUAUUAUCCUCUUUAUUAUUCUUUUUAUUAGCAGUUGCAGAACGUACUUACAAACAAAGACUCUUGUAUGCAAAAUUAUUUUCACACUUGACAUCAUCAAGACGUGCCAGAAAAUCUGAUUUACCGCAUUUUCGAUUAAAUAAAGUACGCAAUAUAAAAUUAUGGUUAAGCGUUAGGUCUUAUUUAAAGAGAAGAGGACCGCAACGUUCUGUGGAUGUAAUAAUAUCAGCAGUAUUUAUUGUUACCUUAUUGUUGUUAUCAUUUGUAAGCUUGGAACUAAUUAAGGAUCUUGAAAGUUUGCAUUCCCGAUAUAAUGUUGAAGCACUGUUUUGGAGUUUUUCUCUUGGAAUAUUUAUAUUACGUUUCAUGACAUUGGGUACAAAAAUUAAUAAAAAAUAUAGAAAUCUUUCUGUUUUGAUUACUGAACAGAUUAAUUUAUAUUUGCAAAUAGAACAAAAACCACAUAAAAAAGAAGAACUUAUGGUAGCAAAUAAUGUGCUCAAAUUAGCAGCAGAUUUGAUAAAGGAACUUGAAUGUCCAUUUAAAAUAUCAGGUUUAUCAGCUAAUCCUUAUUUAUAUACAAUUACAAAAGUAGUAUUAUUAUCUGCUCUUUCAGGAGUGCUUUCAGAAUUGCUUGGAUUUAAGCUUAAGUUACACAAGAUAAAAAUCAAAUAAAAAGAGGGAUAUUAAAUUA